UGAUUCGAAUCCCGAUCACAAAUUUUCGUUGUUCAGAACAUAUUGGUUGGUAUGGGCUAUUUUAUUUGGUGCAGCCGUCAAUGUAGAUUGUCCUAGAGGUUAUACAGCACGUUUCAUGUCCAAUGUGUGGGCCAUGUUUGCUGUGGUUUUCCUCGCCAUAUAUACAGCUAAUUUAGCAGCUUUUAUGAUCACUCGUGAAGAGUAUUAUGACUUAAGUGGAAUUGAAGAUAAAAGAUUGCAGUACCCAACGAUGGUUGAUCCACCAUUCCGCUAUGGCACCAUCCCCUCUGGCAAUACAGAGACGGUACUUAAGAGAAAUAAACCAGAUUUAUACAUGUACAUGAAGAAAUAUAACCAACCAUCAGUACAGGAUGGUAUCAAAGCAGUGAAGAUGGGGGAUCUAGAUGCUUUUAUAUACGAUUCAACAGUUUUAGAAUAUUUAGUUGGACAGGACAACGAAUGUCGUCUUCUAACAGUAGGAUCAUGGUAUGCAAUGACCGGUUACGGUUUCGCUUUACCAAAAAACUCUAAUUAUUUAAAUAUGUUCAACAGAGAGAUGAUUAAGUAUAGAGAAAAUGGUGAUUUAGAAAGAUUACAAAGAUUUUGGUUCCAAGGGGCUUGCAAGCCUACAAAGAAUAAGCGUAAUGUGAGCAAGCCUUUGGAUAUCAAUCAAUUUAUGAGCGCCUUUUUAUUGCUAGGAUGUGGUGUUUUUUUAACCAUUUGCCUCUUGGGUCUAGAACACGUGUACUUCCGUUACAUCAGGAAGCACUUAGCAAAGAAAGAUGCUGGUGGCUGCUUCACCCUUAUCAGUCUGAGUAUGGGAAAAUCCCUGAGUUUCAGGGGUGCUGUGUUUGAGGCCCAGGACAUGAUAAAACAUCACAGAUGCAAGGAUCCCAUUUGUGAUACUCAACUAUGGAAAGCUAAGCACGAAUUGGAUAUGGCGAAUUUGAAAAUACGUCAACUUGAAGCACAAAUUGAAGGAAGGUAA